ACUUGUUGUGAUUGUUUGUGUCGACUUCUCAUACUGUAUCGUAUUUCAAGAGCGACAGUCGUUGUUACAAUCAGUUGAUGUGUAUUUGGUAGAAACUUAUCAAAAAUGAAAUAUCAUUUUUUUUCCAUGAUAUUUAUGGCCAUGGUUGUGGUUCAAUCGGCACCACUUGAAACCAUUACACCAUCACAAUCAUCAUCGUCAGAAAUGUCAUAUCUUCCGCCAAUUCAACCAGAAAUCACCUCUUACGAAUACACACCAACAGACACUGGAUAUACAUACAGGUUAGCGGUACCUGGCUUGGUCAUUCGUGAGGAAACGCUUGAAGUCCGAAAUAAGGGAACGGACAAAGAAGAAACGGCUGUUAUUGGCCUAUAUUUUUUUGAUGGCGAUGAUGGAUAUAGAUAUUAUAUUAAAUACACUAUCGAUAACAAUGGAAUUAUCACUGAAGUUGAAGCAGUUCCAAGACGUCGAGUUCCACCAAAUGUUCUAAAAAGUCUUGUUGGCUAAAAAACAACUUUUUUGGAUUUGAAAACAUUUUUCAUAGACAUUAUUUUGUUCAAUUCAAAGCUAGUGCGCGUUAAUUUUUUAUGUACUUUUUUUUUUAAAUAAAAGAGAUAAAAAAAGAUGUGAAGGAUUCUUCAACAGACAAAAUAAACGGUUAAAAUCA